GUAUCCCGCUUAAGUGCAUUGGAUUCUUAAUGGAAAGAUGGGACGCGCUGUGUGACAAAACAGACGUACCCAGCCGAUGUGCCACAAAAACCCAAACACAGCUGCUAGCCGGAGCAGCAUAGUAAAAGAAAGAGGCGCAGGCCUCAGCGUCAGUGAAACUGUUUUGUUACUGUUUGUUUUUUAAAGGUGACAUCGUAACGUAGCUGUCUCUUGUUCGUUUCCUCGCUCUUACACCUGUCGUACCUGAAGCCAGCUGCGGUUGUCUCAUGGUUUCACUCAGUAGAGCAAAGACGUUGGUUUGAUGUGCGUGGCGUCAAGGCGAGAGGCACCAUGAGUGCGGAGAUGGAUGCACUGGCUGUGGUGAACCAGCUGCGAGAUCUUGCUGCAGACCCCCUGAACCGAAGAGCCAUAGUAGAAGACCAAGGCUGUCUGCCAGGUCUCAUCCUCUUUCUGGACCAUCCCAACCCACAAGUCGUCUACUCUGCACUAUUGGCCGUGCGCUACCUGGCAGAAUGUCGAGCCAACAGGGAGAAGAUGAAGGGCGAGCUGGGCAUGAUGCUGAGUUUGCAGAAUGUCAUGCAGAAGAGUACGUCGCCAGGGGAGACCAAACUGCUGGCCUCUGAGAUCUAUGAAAUUUUGCAAGCGGCCGGUAAAGAAGAGGCCGAACAGGCCGAGGCAGCAGCUGCCUCCUGCCAGCGUAAGGCCCACUUCUUCCUGGGCUCCAACAACAAGAGGGCCAAAACUGUGGUGCUGCACAUCGAUGGACUGGAUGACCCCACUCGAAGGAGCCUUUGCGAGGAGGCGUUGCUGAAGAUUCGGGGGGUCAUCAGCUUCACCUUCCAGAUGGCUGUCAAGAGAUGUGUUGUCAGGAUCCGUUCCGACCUUAAAGCUGAGGCAUUGGGCACAGCAAUCAACUCCACCAAAGUAAUGACGGCUCAGCAGGUGGUGAAGACAGAUGAUGGAGGAGAGCUGAUGGUGCCGUUCCAGGAGGACUCGGAGGUGCUGGUAGAAGAGAACACGGACAUCCCGGACUACCUGCCUGAGGAGGAGAGCCCGUCCCAGGAGCAGGACAAGGCGGUCACACGCGUAGGCUCCAUCACAGACGGCAUGGGUUGGCUCAGCACGGCCGCUAAUUUCCUAACGCGCUCCUUUUACUGGUGACCACUUCCUGUGUUUCCCCUCUCUGCUCCCCGUUUCCUCUAAAGUUACCACCCAGCUGCAGCCUUAGCGUCUCAGCCUUGCCCCCGGACUAAGCCCUGCCUCACAAACCCUACUCUAGUCUAGACUUGCCCCCACUGCAAAGCACACAGGCCAUGAGUGUGCAACAAGUGCUGGACUGCCAAGUGGAACCUGCAAUAACUUUAACUUGUGUAUAUAUUGAGCCACAAAUCCCACUACUGGCUGCGUGUGUGCAAAACUAUAUACUAGCUGCAUAUGUAUCCCACAAAGCAUAGCCAGAGGACUUUAAAUCAGCCGAAAAACCAAAUGACGUUCUGGAAAUGUGU